AUGGGGAAGCAUAAGCACAAGAAGAGCAAGAAGUCCAGUAGGCGCAGAGAACAUGAGGACAGUUCGGAUGAAUGGGAAGAGAAGACAGCUCCUGUGGAGGAAACUUCGAGAUCCAAGGCACAUUUGAAGAUGAGGAAACCCCUCGACGACGAUGACGACGACUCACAACGUUGUGAACCUGAUGCGCGAAUCAACGUAUCUGCUGCCAAAGAGGAGGUCCUUGAGGAAAGUCCUUCGGAGAAAGAGAAAACCGACCGCGACUGCGCGCAUGGCUCGCGAAGAUCUGAGGAGCAGACUCGGGAUAACCCCGAAGAGGAUAAGGAUCGGACGAGAGUCGUCCGGAGUCUGCCGGCUGAUGACGUCAGGAUCACGAUGGGGAAAGACGUUUCGAAGGGCGGAACGCAAACACCCGCGGCACUCGGUAAAGACGAUAUGAAUAAACUGUCGGCGAAGAUACUCAAAGCAGAGUUACGCGGCGAUCAAGAGACUGUGCAGCGCUUGAAAGCGAAACUGGACGUCGCUCGACAUUUGGCCGAACAAGCAGCGGGAGAUGAGGAGACGAGGGUCAUUGUCAUAACGAAAAGUGAAAGUCGGCACGAUCAGGGAAAACGCAUUUCGAACUCUUCUUGUGGACGAGAAAAGAAGAAGAUGCGAAAUGACGACGCUUGGCAUCGUCUCGAAGAUAAGUUCGUUCGCAAAAAAGUCGAAAGCGACGAGAGGAUGGAUGCAGUGCUCCAGCGAGCCAUCAACAAGAUGGAAGCGGGCUCAAGUCGAGAGCUAACCGAAGGAAACGGAGAACACGACGACGAAGACGAUGAAGAAUCAGGAGUGCGAAGCCAGCUUCCGCUAAAUCCCGCGAUGAGAGGCAUCGUGAGUUUCUCGUAUUGA